AAGAAUGGAUUUCAAUAGUUAAUACUACAUUGACUAAAAUUAACCCCUAUAUGCAUUCAUUACGAGUUUUUAAAGACAACUUAUAUAAUGGAAUACUUGAACUACUUGAAAAUACCUCUACUGAAGAAGUUGCUGCCAUUAUACAUGCUAACAUUAUUCAUAUGAUUGAUGUGAUAGAGUUUCAAAAACACAGAUUUCUCCAUGCUCACAUAGUAAUGUGUGUACAACCAAAACUACCUGUUAAACAAAUUGAUAAAAUCAUAAGUGCAGAAUUACCUCGUGAACAAUUACAUUUAAAAAAUAUAGUCAAAAAGUUUAUAAUACACAAACAACAGCAUUCAUCAUGUUGCCUUUACAAUAAUAAUACAUGUAUAUAUGGAUAUCCAAAACCUCUAAUUUCAGAAACAUAUGUCAAUGACAAAGGCUAUAUACAAUAUCAUCACUGGGCACAAGAAGAUGCAUGA